AUGUGUGUUCAACCUGUAAAUACACCGGAAGUUGAUUGGAAAUUGUGCGACUGCAAAAACGAAAAUGACAGAAACUAAAACAUUUACUUUAAAAGAAGUCAAAGGACAUGAUGACUCGAAAUCGACAUUUCUUGUCAUUUAUGAUAAAGUGUAUGAUGUGACAAAAUUUUUAGAGGAGGUAAGAAUGUACUUUACACAUUGUUGGUGUCACCGGGUUAGGGUUGGUGUUUCAGUGGGUGGGUCUGAGAGAAAAAAUAGAACUGUCCAGGAAAGGACAACUCCAUCUGCACCAGCAUCUCAAUCCAGUAGUUGGUCAGGCUGGCUGAUACCCCUAGGAAUUGCAAUAGCCGCCGCUCUUGUUUAUAGAUUGAUUAUAGCCCCUGGCAGUGCUUGAUGGCUUUCAUUUAACUCUUCAACAACAUAAGGAAAACUUUUACAUGAAAUAUUAGGUCAACAUGUUUUAGAAUGGAAUAAUAUUUUGCAUUUUUGGAAUAACAGAGUAAAGCUUAUAUGAUAUAUUUUUUCAUGAAUGCUUACUUCUUACAUAUUACUAAUUAUAUUUAGAUGAUAUAUUUUUGUGACUGUCAGAGCCACAUUUCCAACGAUGAUAAAUAGUUGUUUAAUUUAUUGUAAUAUAGAUAAGAGAGUGUUGUGAUGUAAAUUAUUUCAAAUGGCAAAGUUAAAAAAACAAUGAGGUAAAAAUUAGAGAAAAAAAUCCAGAUUUUAGCUAUUUAUGUGUGAUUGUUAUUUAUUUCAUGUAAAAAUUUUCAAUAUUAUUUACGCAGGACCAAUUAAUCCAAAAAUCAUAUGUUCUGCCCUUUAACUUUAUUGAUUUAUAUUUACCAAUGUCCCAUUACAAUACAUGUACAUUGUAGAUGCUUUGUAAGAAAUUUUUACUUGAUAAUCAUAAUCAGGAGAGUAAUUCAAUUUUAUGUGAAAUAUUUACCAAAGCUUUGCAUAUAUUCAAAACUUAAUUUCCUGAAUUUGUGAAAUAGAUUUGCCUUGCUCUAAAUUUGAUUUGUUAGGAUCUAUUCAAAGUAAAGGGAUGUACAUUUCAAAAUACAAAAAAAUAAAUAAAAAUUAGUUACCAACAGUAUAGAGAUUGGUUGGCUAGCCAGGCUCUUUACUGAAGGUAAAGGCUAAUUUCUUUCAGUUCUUGCAGGUUAGGAGUUUAAAUCCCAUGUACAUGUAUAUAUCUUUAAGAGAGAGAAAAAUAAAGAUUUUUUUUUAAAGUCUGAAUUUUUAUGCCCCCAUUUCGAAGAAAAGGGGGUAUAUUGCUUUGCACUUGUCGGUCCGUAGACCAAAUGGUUUCCGAGUGAUAACUAAAGAACCCUAAGGCCUAGGAACUUCAAACUUGGUAUGGUGAUUGGUCAUGACCAGUAGAUGACCCCUAUUGAUUUUGGGGUCAAGGGGUCAAAGGUCAAGGUCACAUUGACCUUGUAAGCAAAAACGGUUUCCGAUCAAUAACUAAAGAACAUUUAGGCCUAGGAACUUCAAACUUGGUAUGGUGAUUGGUUAUGACCAGCAGAUGACCCCUAUUGAUUUUGGGGUUAAGGGGUCAAAGGUCAAGGUCACAUUGACCUCUUGGGUAAAAACGGUAUCCGAUCAAUAACAAAAGAACCCUUAGGCCUAGGGACUUCAAACUUGAUAUGGUGAUUGGUCAUGAUCAGUAGAUGACCCCUAUUGAUUUUGGGGUCAAAGGUCAAGGUAACAUUGACCUCUUAGGUAAAAACGGUUUCCGAUCAAUAACUAAAGAACCCUUAGGCCUAGGGUCUUCAAACUUGGUAUGGUGAUUGGUCAUGACCAGCAGAUGACCCCUAUUGAUAUUGGGGUUAAGGAGUCAAAGGGCAAGGUCACAUUGACUUUGUAGGUAAAAAUGCUUUCCAAUCAAUAACUUAAGAACCCUUAGGCCUAGGAACUUCAAACUUGGUAUGGUGAUUGGUCAUGACCAGCAGAUGACCUUUUGAUUUUGGGGUCAAGGGUUCAAAGGUCAAGGUCACAUUGACCUUGUAGGUAAAAACGGUUUCCGAUCAAUUAACUAAAAACGCUUAGGCCUAGGAACUUCAAACUUUGUAUGAUGAUUGGUCGUGACCAGUAGAUGACCCCUAUUGAGUUUUGGGUCAAGGGGUAAAAGGUCAAGGUCACAUUGACCUUGUAAGUAAAAACGGUUUCUGAUCAAUUACUUAAGAACGCUUAGGCCUAGGAACUUCAAACUUGGCAUGGUGAUUUGUCAUGACCAGCAGAUUACCCCUAUUGAUUUUGGGAUCAAGGGGUCAAAGGUCAAGGUCACAUUGACAUUGUAAGUAAAAACGGUUUCUGAUCAAUAACUAAAGAACGCUUCGGCCUAGGAACUUCAAACUUGGCAUGGUGAUUGGUCAUGAGCAGCAGAUGACCCCUAUUGAUUUUGGGGUCAAAGGUCAAGGUCACAUUGACUUUGUAUGUUAAAACGGUUUCUGAUCAAUAACUAAAGAACCCUUAGGCCUAGGAUCUUCAAACUUGGUAUGGUGAUUGGUCAUGACCAGCAGAUGACCUAUUGAUUUUGGGGUCAAGUGGUCAAAGGUCAAGGUCACAUUGACCUUGUAGGUAAAAACGGUUUCUGAUCAAUUAACUAAAAAUGCUUAGGCCUAGGAACUUCAAACUUUGUAUGAUGAUUGGUCGUGACCAGCAGAUGACCCCUAUUGAGUCUUGGGUCAAGGGGUCAAAGGUUAAGGUCAUGACCAGUAGAUACUUGAUAACCCUUAUUAAUUGUUUGAUCACUGGGUCAGAAGUCAUGCAUAAUAACCUUAUCACAUGACUAAUUGGCUGCUGAUAGGGGGCAUACAUGUUUUACAAACAUUUCUUGUUUAGUUAAAUGUGAAUUUGAGUAUCCGUAAUUAUGAUUAAGUCAGCAUAAAUGAAUGUUAAUCCAUGUGUUGUUUUGUAUAUGAUUAAAAGUAUUGACUGUAAA